AUGAUUAGGUGAGAGACAGACGGACAGAGAGAAAGACAUGUAUGGGGGUCUAUAAGACAAGCCUGACGAUAAAAUGCCAAUCAUCUUUCCACCCUGGCUAUAUUAAGGUUCCUUAACCAUCUUAUACAAAAGGUCAGCUGGAUAAUCUCUACAUGAAUAGAUUCAUACUAUCAGAUCUGCUACCUGUGAGUGAGACGAGGCUGGCGAGGGAGGUGUGUCUGUCUGUGUGCAUGUGAUAUGUACUGUGCAACGUAUGUGCACAUGCAUUGGCAUCUGUUUCAUUCCUAUGAACCUGUGCGUGUCUGUCUUCCUUUAUGAGGGUGUGUGCUUACAAGCAUUUGCUUAUGAGGGUGUAUAAAACAGUAUAGUCUGUAAUGUUUGUUAUUCAAUAUUACGUUGGAUACAACUACUAUUACUUUAUUAUAAAUAUUGAAUGAUUUAAACAGUUCUUUCAUCACAAACCUCUGAAACUACAAAUGGAGAUGAGGGAUUUAACCAAUGUACACAUUUAAUGAUACUAUCAUAUUAACCCAGCCAUUGCAAGCCUUUACAUUACCUGUUCGUCACCAAUGAACUGUUGACCCCUUGUGGUGCAUUACGUCCAUGGUGCAAGGCCCAAACCAGUACAUGCUGGUGGUACAGUGCAACAACACAACACAAGAUGGCAGCCGGCUUAUACUGAGGACCAAGCAAAUUGAACUUCUACUGUUAAUCAUUGCUGCUGAGGCUGACCAUGCCAUUGAGAUACAUGCCAUCAAAAUUGUAUUCAAAAUAUUUAGUUCAACCAGUAAAUAUUAGAACCAUUGCUUGUUUGUCAUACUCCUUAUGUUAUUUUUUACUGGCACUAGAAUUUUUUUAAUGUAAUUUCUAUUAAUUUAAUGUGUCAGAAAUAGUCAGCAAAUGUAUGCUCCCUCUCAGCCUCUUUACCAAAGGUACAAAUUAAUGAAAAGCAAAAACACACCUAGACUCACUUUCCACUGGUCUAAAUUAUUACUAUAAGAUUGUAACCAAAUACGCCUGUACAGAAAAAGCUUUGGACUGUCUGACCAGUGGCGGCUCCUGAAAAAAUUCUCAAGGGGGGCAAUUUUUCUGAUGAUUUAGGUGACCUACACACAUUUUAAAAAAGAUAUGUCCAGCAACAACAUGAAGACAGGGGCAGCAUAUAAGUCAAUACCAGAAGCAUUUAUUGACUGAUCUCAAAAGUGUUGGCUUACCAGGGUUGGUGGAGCCCUCAGUUUCAUCUUUGCCUCGCAAAGCUAACUCAAACACUCCGCAAAACUUCACACACUGGAUUAGCCGGCUGAGGAUGUGGCGGUUCUUGCUAAUGUCGUAGUAAAUAUAUUUGUUAUAGUGAAUAUGGAAUAUGAUAUGUUGAGUAAAAUGUUGUGCUAAGAUCUAUUUAGGUCAGGAGCUGGUUAUAAGUUCUGUUCCUAUCCAAUAACAAUGGACAAAAGGGUCCUAUCUUGUCAGCCUUGUCAGUUUCAGUUCUCCAGUAAACUUGUGAUUAUCAACACUAACCUCAUCGUUGUGGCGGCGGACAGCUAGCCUGUAUCCCUCAUCCAGUUGAGUGGGAAUGUUCACUCUCCCCAAAGCAGACAAUCUCAAACAGGUAUCAAUGUGGGUCUUUGACAGCUCAUGUUUCUUAAUCUUUCCUGAAAGAUGGUGCAUGUCCGUUACACACCAGUCGCUGUCCAAGCGGUGCUGUCUGCCGUGCCGCCUUCAGGGUGAAAGAGUAAGCAGGGGGUAGCAGAAGACUGCAUUAGCUACAUCGCAGCCUGCUAGCCAGGUUUUUCGUUCGUACCAAUUUUUGGAAAAUCCUCGGGUGUAGGACUUCCCCCCUUUAGUAGAAACCUGUUGAAUUAUUAAAUUUGGUCUGGGAGGUCCUAAUUGUUUCGUUGCCAAUUUAUCUUCAUUUGUUCGCCGACAAAAAGGAACUUCUUUCAAAGACACAAUCGAGUUGCACUGAAGCCUAGCCAUUUUGACAGUAAUAGUGAAUUGAUUGACGCUGCUACCCGCUCUUUUCUUAGUUACGUUCAUGGUUAUGUUACGUAUGACGAAAGCGCGUAAGUGCAAGCCCUCAGAAACCCAUAGAGAUUGUAUUGAAAGCUCUGAUAUUUGAAAAAAAUAGAUUUUACAUGGGAGUCUAUGACAGACUUCUGGGCGAUUUUCAACCUGACUGAAAUCGCCCCAAAAGGGGGGGGGGGGGGGGGCAUUUGAAGCACGACUUUAGCCUGAUUGGACAUUUAGUGGCACUGUGGCAGAUCAGACGUCUAGAUUACAACACUGAUAACUACUGUUGCCGUGAUAUAAUUGAUUAGAAAAAAAAUCCCUUCCUUUUCCUGUUUGGCAGUGCGUCGCCCAUAUCGCCCUAUUGAACACACCGCCCCUGUGUCUGACACAGUACAAUAUCGUAUGCUAUCAACAGACGUGCCAACAAUCUUCCAUGAGGCCUUAGAUUGAAUGUGUGUUUACAAGUAUAAAUAUAGUACAGGCAUCAGCUUGGAGUUUGCCAGCACAGUAUGUGGCUUUUAAAAGAACUACAGAACAACUAAAGAAGGACAGAACAACAAAAGAACUACAGAACAACUAAAGAAGGACAGAACAACAAAAAAACGACAGAACAACAAAAGAACUACAGAACAACAAAAUAACUACAGAACAACAUAAUAACUACAGAACAACUAAAGAACUACAGAACAACUAAAGAACUACAGAACAGCUAAAGAACUACUGAACAACUAAAUAACUACAGAACAGCAAAAUAACUACAGAACAACUAAAGCAAUACAGAACAACUACUAGUGCCUAAAGAGCUAUUCCGGAAAUAGACCAUAACAUUGUGUGUAAUGCCUCAGAGUAGUGCUAAGAGUACAGUACAGAAUGCUCUAACUACCGGAAGUGCCUUUAAUUAAAUUAAUGGAGAGUGAAUGAAGAGGGGCUGAGUAGGGGUGGUACUUCUCUGCUGGGCCUGUUAGCCAAUCAUUCAGGCCCAAGACAAUUAUGUUCAGCCCCUUGCCAUCAUCCCCUGUGUCUUCAGCCACACGUAGCCACUCCUCAGAGCCAGGUGUCCCCAGAGAAGUUCAGAGAGUUCCAGACAGCUCCUGGCAGGAAGCACCAGGUACUGGGAUUUCACCUUGGUGUGCAUAUUGUCUUUUACUGGUAACAGGGGGAUUAGAAUAGCCUCAGCAGAAACUCCAUUCAGACAGUACAUGCUGGUGGUAAAAAUAGGCAUGUCAUGUAAAAACAGGUGUUCUUAAAUAACUAAGAUCAUGCUCACUCACAUGGCACUUGUUGCACAAUUUUACUAAGGUCACCGGGUCAGGGUGGAUCUCCCCAGAUGACGAGAGUAAUCUAGGACAUUUCAGCCACACCCUGCAGACUUGAAAUGGAAAUGGUGUGUGUGUGUGCCUAAGUGCGUUCAAGUGUGUGUGUGACACAACAGAAGCACUAGUGUUUACUGUAUGUUUGUUCCCGCUGAGUUUGUACACAGACUCCAUAGAGCACAACACAUACAGUACAUAACCUUAAAGCCAUUUCACCACACCAGUCAUGUACAGUACAUCAGAGCCAAACGAAGCCUAACAUAAUGUAGAAAACACUAGCUCACACUAUACAGCUGCAGGCCUUUAACAAGUCAAUUAUCAGGACUGUUUAAAAUAACACAUAGAGCACCAACAGUCACAACAGUUGAUAGCAAUAGUUUGACAGAGAGAGAUCUGGCUGGUGAAUGAGACUAUAAUAUUGAUGGUUAGGAAUGCCUCUCAAGUGACACUUCACAUAACCGUACAUGACAUUUCAAAAAUACUAUUUUAGCCUGCUGGCUGUUUAAUCAUACUCCAGGAUCUCCAAACUAGUCUCAAGGUCUACAAAGCAGUGCUGCUGGUAGUAUUCCAUCAUCAGCAUAGUAAUGAUUUAUUUACGUGCUUGAACACAACAAACUAAUCCUAAUGGUCAUUGGUGUUUGGACAAUACAUUGUCCCAUUGUAAGUGUGUGUGUGUGUCUUCACAGUUACAUAAAGCCCUAAUUGUUUUUACGGGAGGCAUGGGCGGAUUCAGAAGCGAAGCCAGAUUACAGUCAGGAUUUCACCAACCGGAUUAACCCGUGAUUUAAGCACCUUAUUUACUUACAAGAAGUUAAAAUAAUCAGUACGCUUGUCUGUGUUCACUGUAUAUAAAGGACCCCAAACACAAGAGACUCCAAAACGAACAACCACAAAACACUGAAUUCUACUCGUUGCUCAUCUUCAUUAAGACAGGUAAGGUCCAUCGUCUUGGUGGAGAGGAUCCAUGGAUAUAUUUCAUGCUAUUAUAGGACUUGAUUAUCUCACUGAAAAUGUAAAUAUCGUUAUUGAAUACCGUAUGAAUUGUUUUUGGAAGAUACUAGCCAGCUAAGAAUGAGUUGUGCUUUUGUAUAGAUGUGCAUGCAAAAUAUGGGAUUCGACAGCUCAUUUCUACCUCGCGACCCUAUGAAUAUGUAACAGAAAGACCAUUGUACCUCAGAAAAAAAUAUAAGAAUAGCUAUUUCUGAUGUUAUUUUACUCCAACAAGAACUACAGUGUCUCUGGGAAUGCAUUGAAUGUUUACUAACUUGGAGGCAGAUGAUUUGAGGUUCUCUCGCCGAUCUGGUGUGCAUCUUGUCUGGUGUGGUCAGUUCAUCCCCAUUGUCUCUCUCCCUCUGUCUGCUGUGCAGCAUGGGAUCCUCAAAGCUGGCUUUCAUUAUGGUCCUGAUGGCCUGCGUAGAACACGCCUGGUCUGCCUCCUGUGUGGUCGACAGCUUCACAGUCAAGGCGGACUUCGACCCUAAGAGGGUGAGCUUUGCUACAGUACACACAUUAGGGGUCACAUCCCUAGACAGAUAAAAACAAGAGAACAAUGUCAGUUUUAAACAUGAUCGGAUAAACAUGGCUACGAUAAUGUGUAAUGCAAAUGCAUAAGAGAUGACUACAAUGAUCUACUGAAUUAAGUCUUGAAUCUCCAUAUAUCAAUUUUGUGCUCUGGAUUUCGAUCCUCAUUGUCUACUGUUUGUGAGUUUUUCUCAAUCUUCUGUAUCUCUGGUUUUCUCUGUUGCAGUAUUCUGGGAAGUGGUACGCUCUGCAGAAGAAGGACCCUGAGGGCCUGUUCCUUCAGGACAACAUCUCCGCUGAGUACACCGUCGAUGAUGACGGCACCAUGACCGCCUCCUCCAAGGGACGUGUCACUCUCUUUGGGUGAGUAGAUCUGCAUCAACUUGGAAGAACUAGCAUAUAAAGCAUACACAGAUGCUAAACUGAUUGUCUAAUUGUACGGAAGAAUGUGGAUUAAUAUCCAUUUAAUUGGUGACAAAACUAUUUGUCUAAUAGACCAUAAGAUUGUGGCACAAACCAAUCAAAUGUUAUUUGGUGGACAGGAAAUAUAGACAACAUUUUACACUGUAGGUGAUGGAUCGCAAUAAUCUUGCAUAUGUGUUUGACCUCUGGUUUUAAGUUGCGAGAGCUAAUAUGAGUUUGAGUGUGUUGACAUGUUCUGGGUUCUGUGCAAAUAUGAGUCUGUGUUGUUGUGUUGACAGGUUCUGGGUUGUGUGCGCUGACAUGGCUGCCCAGUACACCGUGCCUAACCCCACCAACCCCGGCAAGAUGUUCAUGAACUACCAGGGACUGGCCAGCUACCUGGCCAGUGGAGGUGACAACUACUGGGUGAUUGACACCGACUAUGAUAACUAUGCCAUCACCUACGCCUGCCGUACCCUGAAGGACGAUGGAAGCUGUGAAGACGGUUACUCCCUGAUCUUCUCCCGUAAUCCCCGUGGCCUGCCCCCAGCAAUCCAGCGCAUUGUCCGUGGGAAACAGGAGGAGAUCUGCAUGGCUGGCCAGUUUGAGCCUGUCCUGCAGUCCGGUGAGUUGGACACCUGUCUAUAGGGACACAGCAUGAAAACAAAGGUUAAAUGAUAUCAUGUCUAGAUUAUAUCAAUGAGCAUGAAGGAGAGCAUCCUAAUUAAUAAAUGAAAGCUAAGAGGGAGCUAAGAGUUGUAGUUCAAAUAGGUUUGAAAAUAUUCAUAACAAUCUGCAUUAUGCCCCAGCACAGAAACGUUUUCUUAGGCAGAGAACUUAUUCAUGCUCCCUAACCAGACUUGGACUUCUCUUUCCUCUACAGGAGCUUGCUAAAUUGUCAGCGCAGCCUGCACCAAAUUCCUUAAGCAUGCUGGCAUGAGAAGAGGCGUCCAGGGCCAAUGGAUAGAUCCAUAGCAGCGCGCUGUAGAAAUGAAUAGACCAUGUUGCGAGGCGGGAGGGAAAAGUCAACCUCCGCCACCAUUGUCUCAAGGGAAGGGUUGCUCAAUCGGGGUUGGUGCGUUGUGUCAAGUCAAGUGUGUAUGUGAAAAUAAAUAUAUUUUUUAAACAAA